UGCAUUGUAUCCACCUGCUAGGUGCAGGUACAAUACGUACUUGUACUUCAGAUCAAAAACAGAGUGAUUAACUCGGAUAUACACGGAUACACAGUGAAAGUACUCAUCGAAUUCCUUGCGCAACAUCCUCGCAGUACGACGAUAACAUACACGUAAAAAUAUCUUCUAAUUAAUUAACACAAGUGACUUACCAACUAUUAUUCUCUGUAUUUGUCUACUUUUUUUUGUACUUCUGCUUCUGCUUCAGUUGUCUUGAAUAAAGACGGGUAGUGUUAUAUUGUGUGUGUCUGUGUGUGUGUUACCAAUCUUGAUUAACCGUACCGUAACGUACUACCAUCCUAUCGUCGAAUCGGUGAAUUGCUAACUGCUUAAAUCGAUCAACAUGAGUGACGAACUAACAAAGGAACAGAUUGCUCUGCUUCGCAAUGCAUUCAAUGCAUUCGAUCCGGAGAAGAAUGGAUACAUCAACACCACCAUGGUUGGCACCAUCCUGAGCAUGUUGGGCCACCAGCUGGAUGAUGCGACAUUGGCUGAAAUCAUUGCUGAGGUGGAUGAGGAUGGUUCCGGUCAGAUUGAGUUCGAGGAGUUCACAACGUUGGCUGCCCGUUUCCUCGUUGAGGAGGAUGCCGAAGCCAUGAUGGCCGAGCUGAAGGAGGCCUUCAGGUUGUACGACAAGGAGGGCAAUGGCUACAUUACAACCGGCGUUCUUCGCGAGAUUCUUCGCGAGUUGGACGACAAGCUAACAAACGAUGAUCUCGACAUGAUGAUUGAGGAAAUUGAUUCUGAUGGUUCCGGCACCGUGGACUUUGAUGAAUUCAUGGAGGUGAUGACUGGUGGUGAUGACUAAACGGUCUCCUUAUUACAUAUUCGCAACGAAUUCUAUUGGCUGCCUUUCAACUCAAAACUAAAACCUACAAAACUGUCAUUUGCAAUCCAGUUUUAAAACAGACCUACAGUAUUUUUAGUAAUGUACUAAAAUUAAGUUACCUAUUUGUCUGUAAAUAUACAUGUAUUUAUAUCUACUGAAUUUAAUCGAUCCUUGGCUAGUUUGAGCAAUAGACCUUCACAACAAACAAAAAAAGCAAUAGACCAGUCCACACCACGAAACAUUUAUAAUAAAAUUAAAAUUGAUAUUACAUAACAAA